CAUAGAUAAUAUAGAUAACAUAUAUAUGUAGUUAUAAUACUGUAUGAAAAAGAGGCGUUAAUUCACAUCAAAGUUCAGCUCUCACGGACACACAUCAAGUUGAUGUGAGAAGAAUUAAUAAAAGGAACUUUUACAGCAGCAUACCACAGGAAAAUCAUGCGUGAGGUAAUCAGUAUCCAUGUUGGACAAGCCGGGGUCCAGAUGGGCAAUGCCUGCUGGGAGUUGUACUGUCUGGAACAUGGGAUUCAGCCUGACGGGCGCAUGCCCAGUGAUAAGACGGUCGGUAGAGGAGAUGACUCAUUUAACACGUUCUUCAGUGAGACAGGCUCGGGUAAACACGUGCCGAGGUCACUCUUUGUUGACCUUGAACCAACAGUCGUGGAUGAGGUCCGUGUCGGUCCCUAUCGACAGCUAUAUCAUCCCGAACAGCUGAUCACCGGCAAGGAAGAUGCUGCUAACAAUUACGCCCGAGGCCAUUUCACCGUCGGCAAGGAGCUUAUUGACGACGUGUUGGACCGGCUACGCAAGAUGACGGACCAAUGUACGGGACUCCAAGGUUUUCUCGUGUUCCACAGCUUUGGUGGAGGCACUGGAUCUGGGUUUACUUCCCUUCUAUUAGAGAGGCUUAGCGUAGACUACGGAAAGAAAUGUAAGCUGGAGUUUGCAGUGUACCCAGCACCACAGGUGGCUACAGCCGUCGUAGAGCCGUAUAACGCCGUUCUUACCACUCAUACAACGUUAGAACACACAGACUGCGCAUUCAUGGUAGAUAAUGAAGCUUUGUUUGACAUCUGCAACAAGAGACUUGAUGUAGAACGACCCUCGUACACAAACUUGAACCGACUUAUUGGACAGAUUGUCAGCUCCAUCACGGCCUCUCUUAGGUUUGACGGCGCUCUUAAUGUCGACCUGACGGAGUUUCAGACAAACUUGGUUCCCUUUCCAAGAAUUCAUUUUCCAUUGACGACUUACUCUCCAAUCAUUUCGGCUGAAAAGGCUUACAGUGAACAACUUUCAGUGGCUCAGAUUGCUAAUGACUGUUUCGAGACUUCGAAUCAAAUGGUAAAGUGCGAUCCUCGGCAAGGAAAAUACAUGGCGUGUUGCAUGCUUUACAGAGGGGACGUGGUUCCCAAGGAUGUGAACGCUGCCAUCGCCGCUAUAAAAACAAAGAGAGCCAUCCAGUUCGUAGACUGGUGCCCAACUGGAUUCAAAAUCGGCAUCAAUUACCAGCCUCCGACUGUCGUUCCCGGAGGUGACCUUGCAAAGGUGCCACGUGCUGUUUGCAUGUUGAGCAAUACCACAGCAAUAGCCGAUGCCUGGUCUCGACUCGAUCAUAAGUUUGAUCUUAUGUACGCCAAGAGAGCUUUUGUCCACUGGUAUGUAGGCGAGGGUAUGGAGGAGGGAGAGUUUGCCGAGGCCCGAGAAGAUCUUGCUGUCCUCGAGAAGGAUUACGAGGAGGUCGGAAUUGAUUCAGCAGACGGAGAGCUUGAAGAUGAUAAUGAAGAAUAUUGACAUGUUUGUUUCAUCAUGGGACAUUCGUGCACACUUAAUAAAUGUUGAAAACUGUUUUACUACCGACCGUGAAAAAAAAAAGUUAUUUGUCAAAUUAUUUAUCUAAGAUACAUGUUUACAAGUAUAUAAACAUUAAGUAACUUCUAUUCCGAGUAAAUUCCAUGUGAUUAAGUUUAUGCAAAUAAAAUAUUACAUCUUGAAA